AUGUGGAUACCUACAGAAGAGGAGAAAAUCGGAGUUGUGAUCUGCAACUUCCGGUCAUCAACAUGUCAGGCCUUAGUCCUGGAGAUUGGGGAAACUGUACAGAUUUUGGAGAAGAGUGAAGGAUGGUACAGAGGCUUUUCCACCAAGAAGCCUUCUAUCAAGGGGAUUUUCCCAGUCAGCUAUGUCCACUUGAAGAAAUCCACAGUGACCAACAGAGGGCUGUGUGAGACGGUGGUGCCCCUGGAGGACCCCAUCAUCACAGAGACCACCUCCACACUGCAGGAAUGGGGGGUCUUGUGGAAGCAGCUCUAUGUGAAACACAAGGUGGAUCUAUUCCAUAAGCUGCGUCAUGUGAUGAAUGAGCUCAUCGACCUGCGCCGGCAGCUGAUCCAGGGUCACCUCGCCCAGGAUCAGACUCGCGAGAUCAAGCGGCACAUCACUGUACGACUCGACUGGGGCAAUGAGCACCUCGGCUUAGACCUUGUUCCCAGAAAAGAGUUUGAAAUGGUGGAUCAGGAUCAGAUCAGCAUAUCAGAGCUACACAAACUGCAUAUAUCCAGCAGACACUGUGGUCAGCAAAGCACAACCCAGGGUGACAGCACGAGACAACGCCACGGUGACGGUUGCCGUGUCCCUGUGUCACACCACCUCUUCAUCAACCUGAAGAGCUUUACUUACAACAGCAUCAGCGAGGAUGCAGACGUCUUCUUCUCUCUGUAUGAUACUCGGGAGGCCAAACAGAUCAGUGAGAAGUUCAUGGUGAAACUGAACAAAAAUGGAGGACCAAAGAAUCCAGAGAAGGUUGAUCGUCUGUGUGCUCUCUUCACGGACCUAAGCAGUAAAGACUUGAAGAGAGAUCUGUACAUUGUUGCACAUGUCAUAAGAACUGGUCGAAUGCUGCUGAACGACUCAAAGAAAGGCCCCCCCCAUGUGCAGUACAGACGACCUUAUGGCUGCGCCGUUCUUGCCAUGAGUGACGUUUUCCACACGAUCACAGACCUCAAAGAGGAGAAGGACUUUGUGCUCAAAGUUUACACAUGUAACAAUGAGAACGAGUGGCACCAGAUACAGGAGAACAUCAUCCGCAAGUCCAACACCAAGUACUCCGCUCCCAGCACCAACUAUGGCCUCAUCAUUUCCCUGCAGCUGCUGCGAGGUGAGCUGGAACAAAUCCGACGGGAGAACCAGGCCGUGUUCAACAGGGCCCUGGCACUCACACGCAAACUGGGUUUCCCAGAUGUCAUCCUGCCAGGUGACACACGCAACGACCUGUAUCUGACCCUGGAGAGGGGAGAGUUUGAGAGGGGCGGCAAAAGCGUCCAGAAGAACAUCGAAGUCACGCUCUACGUACUUUACGCCGACGGGGACACACUCAAAGACUGCAUCAGUUUGGGCAGCGGCGAGCCCAGCUCCAGCGAAUAUCGCUCUUUCGUCCUUUACCACAACAACAGCCCUCGCUGGAGUGAGAUGGUCAAGCUGCCCAUUCCCAUAGAUCGUUUCAGAGGAUCCCACCUACGCUUCGAGUUCAGACACUGCUCCACUAAAGACAAAGGAGAGAAAAAACUGUUUGGCUUUGCGUUCACUCCUCUGAUGAGAGAGGACGGGACCACACUGUCAGAUGAAAGCCAUGAGCUAUAUGUGUACAAGUGUGAUGAAAACGCCACCUUCAGUAACCAGGGUCUGUACCUGAGUCUGCCGUGCUGCAAAGAAGACUUCAACAGCUGCCCCAACCUGCCGGCCAACCUGCCCUUCCAGAGGAGCCCCAAAGAAACUUUCUCGGUCUCCACAAUACUCUGCUCCACCAAACUCACACAAAAUGUGGACCUGCUGGCUCUUCUCAACUGGAAGGCACAUCCAGACAGGGUGUUGGACAUCCUCGGUCGAUUACGUCAGAUUAGUGGAGAAGAGAUUGUCAAGUUCCUGCGAGAUGUCCUGGAUACGCUCUUCUGUCUUUUAGAUGACAACACUGAUAAAUACGGACCGCUGGUUUUCCAGUCACUGGUUUUCAUCAUCAACCUGCUCAGGGACAGCCGUUUCUACCACUUCAGACCUGUCAUGGACGCCUACAUCCAAAACCACUUUGCUGGAGCUUUGGCAUACAAAGAGUUGAUUCGAUGUCUGAAGUGGUACAUGGACCGCUCGGCUGAGGUCGUCCGGCAGGACCACAUCCAGGAAGCCAUGAGGGCUCUAGAGUACCUGUUCAAGUUUAUCGUCCAGUCUCGCAUCCUGUACUCCAGAGCCACCUGUGGGAUGGAGGAGGAGCAGUUCAGAGCGAGCAUCCAGGAGCUUUUCCAGUCCAUCCGCUUCGUGCUGAGUCUGGACAGCCGCAGCUCAGAGAACUUGGUGUUCACGCAGGCAGCACUGUUGAACAGUUUCCCGGAUAUCUUUGAUGAGCUGCUGCAGAUGUUCACCGUUCAGGAGGUGGCCGAAUAUGUCAGAGGCACCCUAGGGAGCAUGCCCAGCACAGUGGACAUCGGCCAGUCCAUGGAUGUAGUCAAACUGCAGUCCAUCGCUCGUACAGUGGAGAGCCGCCUCUUCUUCUUCCCUGAGUCUCGUAGUAUUCUGCUGCCGGUGGUUCUGCAUCACAUCCACCUGCAUCUGCGCCAGCAGAGGGAGCUGCUCAUCUGUUCUGGGAUCCUUGCUAGCAUCUUUGCCAUCAUUAAGACUAGCUCAAUGGAGUCUUCUGUUCAGGAGGAAGUGGAGAUGAUGGUGGAGAGCCUUCUGGAUGUGCUGCUGCAGACCCUGCUGUCCAUCAUGAGCAAGUCUCACUCUGUGGAGACGUCCAGAGGCCAGCGCUGCCCCCAGUGCACGGCGGAGAUAACGGGGGAGUAUGUUUCCUGUCUUCUCUCUCUGCUGCAGACGAUGUCAGAGCUCCACUUUCACCAUCUACUCAACAACUUCCAUAGCAAAGAGGAGUUAAAGGAGUUCCUGUUGAAGAUCUUCUGCGUGUUCCGCAAUCUGAUGAAACUGAAUAUCUUUCCCCGAGACUGGAGCGUCAUGAGGCUUCUGACUAGUCACAUCAUCGUAGUGACAACACAGUUCCUGUCUCCCGCGCUCCACAAGAACUUCUCUGAGGCUGACUUUGAUUUCAAGGUGUGGAACUCGUUUUUCAGCCUCACCGUGCUGUACAUCAACCAGCCCAGUCUGCAGCUGGAGGCACUCGGCCCGGCAAAGAGAAAGAAAAUCCUGGACAAGCAUGGAGAUAUGAGAGUCAUGAUGGCUUAUGAGCUCUUCAGCAUGUGGCAGAAAUUAGGUGACAACAAGCCCCACUUCAUCCCAGGAAUGAUGGGUCCCUUCCUCGGCGUCACCUUGGUGCCUCAGACCGAAGUACGAAAUAUUAUGAUCCCAAUUUUCCACGACAUGAUGGAUUGGGAGCAGAGGAAAAACGGCAACUUCAAACAGGUGGAGGCAGAGCUGAUGGAUAAGCUGGACAGCAUGGUGUCGGAUGGGAAAGGCGAUGAUAACCACCGAGAGCUCUUCAGCCUUUUGACCAUGCUGUUUGGGCCUUAUCCAAGCCUGCUGGAGAAGAUAGAGCAGGAGACCUGGAGAGAGACGGGGAUCUCAUUUGUCACAUCAGUCACAAGACUUGUGGAGCGAUUACUGGAUUACAGGGACUGCAUGAAAGGAGAUGAGAUGGAGAACAAGAAAAUUGGCGGUUCCGUCAACCUCAUGAAUUUUUACAAAUCAGAGGUCAACAAGGAGGACAUGUACAUCCGUUACAUCCACAAGCUGUGUGACCUGCAUCUCCAAGCAGAGGACUUCACAGAGGCAGCGUUCACCCUGCUGCUGUACUGGGAGCUGCUGCAGUGGGAGGACCGGCCCCUGAGGGACUUCCUUCACUACCCCUGUCAGAGCGAGUGGCAACGCAAGGAGAACCUGAGUCGUAAAAUCCUCCACUACUUCAACAAGGGCAAGUGCUGGGAAUAUGGGAUCUCUCUCUGCCGGGAGCUGGCUUUCCAGUACGAGACUUUAUAUGAUUAUCAGAGCCUCAGCUGGAUACGGAAAAUGGAGGCAGCGUAUUAUGACAACAUCAUCGAGCAGCAGAGGAUCGAGCCGGAGUUCUUCAGAAUGGGCUUCUAUGGCAGGAAGUUUCCUUUCUUCCUCAGGAACAAGGAGUUUGUCUGUCGUGGUUAUGACUAUGAACGGCUCGAGGACUUCCAGCAAAGGAUGCUGGGGGAAUUUCCACAAGCCAUUGCCAUGCAGCAUCCGAACCAACCAGACGACACCAUCCUGCAGAGUGACGCUCAGUACUUGCAGAUCUAUGCAGUGACUCCAGUGUCAGACAUCUCUGAUGUGCCUCAGCUGGAGCGUGUGCCCGAGAGGAUCAAGAGCUUCUACCGCAUAAACAAUGUCAGCCGCUUCCACUAUGACAGGCCUUUCCACAAGGGGCCCAAGGACCGCGAGAACGAGUUCAGGAGUCUCUGGAUUGAGAGAACGACCCUGAUCCUCUCCCGUCCUCUCCCCGGGAUCUCCCGCUGGGCCGAGGUGGAAAGGAGAGAAGUGAUGGAGGUGAGCCCUCUGGAGAAUGCCAUUUAUGUGGUGGAGAAUAAAACCCAGGAGCUUCGGACUCUGAUCAGCCAGUACCAACACAGACAGCAUCAUGGCAACAUCAACCCGCUCAGCAUGUGCCUAAAUGGGGUCAUAGAUGCUGCUGUGAACGGAGGCAUCGCCAGAUAUCAGGAGGCCUUCUUUGAUAAGGACUACAUCAGCAGUCACCCAGAAGAUACAGAGAGGAUCACUCAUCUAAAGGAUCUGAUGCAGGAACAGGUGCACAUUCUGGGAGUGGGGCUGGCUGUUCACGAGAAGCUGGUGCAUCCAGAGAUGCGUCCUCUGCACAAAAAGCUGGUAGAUCAGUUCCACAUGAUGAGGACAGGUUUACACCAUUAUAUGGUUGGGUCCCAGCAGGGUGUGCCUGGCGUGGAUCGGUUUGGAGCUGCAGGCUGCCCGGGGGUUAACUCUCCCAGAGGCAUCCUCUCCUCCCACAGCCACAUGAGCCCCGAGAGCGUCCGCCUCAUACACAGACACAGCCCUCUGAGCCUCCAGGGAUCGAUCCGUCACUCGUCCUCCUCUCUGUCCUCUCACACAUCGAGUGAGGCAGGAGGAAACCUUGUGCUAAUGAACGAUGGCAUGAUGGGAGAGCACUCUGAGGAUGCGUUACACAUGCAGCCAAGCCCCUCCUCCUCCAGCCUGAGCUCAAUCCGCUCCAAUUCUUCCCAGAUUAUUAACUCUGCCCCCUCGAGUGCCAGAGGAUCCCCAUCCUUGCCCGAUAAGGCCAAACACAACCGGGAGGUGAUGAUCCUGUUGCCGUCUCAUCGUGAGAGGACCAGCAACAUGUACUACAACAUGGCAGAGAAUGGACAGAACAACCACAUGCAGCGGGCUUUACUUCAGCAAAUUAGCCCCUGCAAGCCGUGUGCUGACCCUCACAUGACUCUGCCAGAGAAAGUCUUUCCCAACACUCCCGGCAGCUGGAGUCUGGACGGGGAGAACAGGGAGCCAGUGUCCUACAUGCCGACUUCUACUGGAGGGGUCAUCAUGCCGCCCGUGCCCCCCAGGUCCUUCCCCUCAGGACACUUUCUGAUGCACUGUGAUGCGUUUCACCAUCAGAACAGCGACCCCCCCCCUGCCCUGCCCAUCCGUUCACUUCGGAAGUCUCCUCUCCACCCGAUCCCCGGCUCCCCCACCAGUCCUCAGUCAGCUCUGGGGGGUAGUAACUCCACUCUGUCAGGCAGCGCCAGCAGCGGGGUUUCCUCUCUGAGUGAGAGUAACUUUGGAGGCCAAUAUCCGGACCCCGGCCCUAUCAGGAACGACGCCUUGGAGCCUCUUCCCAGUCACCUGUGGUCCCCCCCUGAUGAGUACCUGGCCUCUCCCUACCUGCACAUUCACUACGGCGGACCAGAGAUUGAGUCCGUGGACCCUGUCCGCCCUUUCCACUACCGCAGCCCUUCAUCACACCCGCACAACCACCAGCACCCUCACACUCACGCCCACCCGGGACUGGACAGCCACUCCCACGGGCCCCCGCCCCACCACCACGCUCCCACUCACGGCCCCCACCACAUCCCUUACCGCAGGCCUCAGCCUCCAGCCGUGCCGCCGAAACCCUACCUGAGAGAGGGCUGCAUCCCAGAGGAGGACCUGCCGCCUCAGCCCAUCCCGCUGCCCCGCAGGAUCUUCCACUCCCCGCACGGCCACCGUGAAGACCAGGGGAAACACCCCUGGGAGCAGUGCAUCAGCGAGGAGCACGAGGAGGCCCAGUGA